UACACGUUUAGAUGUUACCCUAAAAAAAACCUUAAUAUGAAUUGUUAGGUGUGUAGAAUCCUGAAAAAGAGCAAUUUAUCAAAUUCAUUUAAUUCGACCAUUUAGACAUCAAGGGAAUAAUAUUCCUGAUUAGUCCUUUGGGAACAUGCAUUUUGUUAUAAGUAAUAAAUUGUGAUAUAUGUUGUUAGAUUUUAGGUUUUUCUUACUUGAUACAAUUCAUUAGUACUGUAUUGCAUAUAUCAAUUAUCACUAUUAUCUUUGCGACAUGUAUUUUGGAUUAAAUACUAAGACAUGAUGAUGUAAGAUUUGAUUUUAAAUAAAAGGGCACUAAGGAAAUGAAAAAAAUAGCGAUAUCAAUAGAGGAAGGAGCGGAAGGGUUUUUCAAGGCAUAAUAUGGGACAAUCGUAAAUUUAAGUUUGAUAUUUGCAUUGUUAAUAUUUCUGGUAUAUUGGCAGAAAGGAACAGGAGAAUUAGAGAAAGACGAGAUUCCUGUUGGAGGAUUAGUGAUUGGCCUAUUGGAAGGAGGAUCAUUUUUGUUUGGGGCAUUCUGUUCUGGAUUUGCAGGAUUUGCAGGAAUGUGGGUUAGCAUAAAGGCUAAUUCUAGAGUUGCGAGUGCAGCUCGAUCUUGUUAUAAUACAGCAAUUUAAUUGGCAUUUAGAGGGGGUUACUUUGCUGCUGUAAUCAAUAUAGCUUUAGCAAUAUUUGGGAUAAGUGUUUUAUUCUUGAUAAUAUACUUUUAUUGUUACUUAACAAUAACUGAUACAUAAAAAUUAAAUGAAUAAAUAGAUAAAAUACCUUUAUUAUUGAUUGGAUAUGGAUUUGGUGCUUCAUUUGUAGCAAUGUUUGCUUAAUUGGGAGGAGGCAUCUAUACAAAAGCAGCAGAUGUUGGAGCUGAUCUGAUUGGCAAAAUAGAGAAUGAUAUUCCUGAAGAUGAUCCUAGAAACCCUGCUGUGAUUGCUGAUCUUGUUGGUGAUAAUGUUGGAGAUUGUGCUGGUUAGAGUGCUGAUCUAUUUGAAUCUAUCACUGCUGAAAUUUUGAGUGCUAUGAUAUUGGGAGCAACAUUAACUCAUGAAGCUAAUCUUCAUAUCAACUAUAAAGUGACUUUUAUGCUUUUUCCAUUGGUGGUACAUUGUUUAGAUAUUAUAUCAUCAACAAUUGGAAUGUAUUUUGUACGAACUUAACCCGGAAUACCAACUAAAUAUAUAGAGGAUCCUUUAUGCAUUAUGAAGAAGGGAUAUAGAAUAGCAAUGAUAAUAGGAUUCUUUGGGUUCUUUUUCAUUUGUCAUCAUUGUUUAAAUCCAUUAUAACAUAAAGAUGCAUGGCUCUAUUUUGGUAUGUGUGGACUUAUUGGAAUUGCUGUUUCUUAUUUAUUUAUUGAAGUUACAUAAUAUUACACUGAUUAUCAUUAUGAACCUGUUAAAAGAAUUGCUUAAGCAAGUAAAACAGGUCAUGCCACAAACAUCAUUGCCGGAUUGAGUGUUGGAAUGGAAUCCACUGGUAUUCCAAUAUUGAUCAUUAGUGUCGGAGUUUUGGGAGCAUACUAUUUAGGAGAGUAAAGUGGUAUAAAGAAUCAUUAGGGAGAAUUGAUAGGAGGAUUAUUUGGGACUGCUAUUGCAACUAUGGGUAUGUUUUGUACAGGAGUCUACAUUUUAUCAAUGGCAGCAUUUGGACCCAUUGUUGAUAAUGCAGGUGGUAUCGUAGAAAUGAGUGGUUGUGAUGAAUAAGUGCGUUAGAUUACUGAUAGGUUGGAUGCAGUAGGAAAUGUUACUAAAGCAAAUGCAAAGGGAUACUCAGUUGGUUCAGCCUCUUUGGCUUCUUUCUUAUUGUUUAGAGCAUUUAUUGAUGAAGUCAACUUCUUAUCACCUACUAAAAAAAUAUUGGAUAUCGAUAUCACAUAACCUGAAAUAUUCAUAUCUGGUCUCAUUGGGGCUUGCACAGUCUUUGUGUUUAGUAGCUGGGCUAUGAGAGCAGUUGGAAAUGCAGCAUAAGAUGUUAUUAAAGAAGUACGUAGAUAAUUUAGAGAAAAUGAAGGUAUUUUAUAAGGUACAGCUUAACCUAAUUAUAAAUAAUGUGUUGAAAUUGUUACUAAAGCUGGAUUAAGGGAAAUGAUCAAACCUGGAUUGUUAAGUGUUUUAACUCCAUUGGUUUUGGGUAUCACAUUAAGAGCAAUCAAUGUGGUGAGAAUGUAAGAAUUGUUGCCAGCUAAAGCCAUUUGUGCCUUUUUGAUGUUCUCUACUUGCACUGGAAUUCUAUAGGCACUAUUUUUAAAUAAUGCUGGAGGGGCUUGGGACAAUAGUAAGAAAUAUAUAGAGACUGGAGAACUUGGAGGGAAAGGAAGCGAUGCUCAUAAGGCUGCUGUAACAGGAGUAAUAUUUAAUGGUUUCUAUAUUGUAGGACACUGUGGGAGAUCCUUGCAAGGACACAGCAGGACCAUCAAUUCAUAUAUUAAUUAAAUUAUAUUCUACAAUUACGAUUGUAAUGGUUCCAUUGUUUGUGGAUUGA